AUGAUCGGAAUGUUCGGAAACGUUUGCGUGCAGAUAACUGGUGUAAAUAUGGCGUCACAAGAGGACGAUAACAAAAUAGAGUGCAUUUCAAACAUAAACAAACAGCAAGAAAGAUCCUUCUUAAAUGUUUAUAAGAAACAUGAAUAUAUAUUAAACAAUAAAAGUGAUUCUUUUGAAAACAAAAUUGAAUCCUUAAUAGAUGUUUGGAAAAGCAUUGGAGAACUGAACUUAUCUCAGUUUGAUCUUCGUCAUGUUAUCCAGAUUAUGGAUUGGGCAAAACUACAUGCUUUAAAUAUUGUUCUUACAGCAGAAUGGAAUCAUUUUAAGGCAACUUACCAGUCCAAACUGUUGGAAGAAAUAGAAAAGGCACAGAAUGAAUUACUUAAGCUAAAUAGUGCAUUUGCUACCCGUUGUAAAAAAUUAGCAGAUGUAGUGAGAAAUCCUUGGGAGGAUCCCAUUCUAAUGAACCUUAUGAAAACAAAGGACUCAGAAAUUGGAGUUGAAGAAAUCGAAUUUUUUUGUGUAGAAACAGCUUAUUUGAUAUCAGUUCGAUUGAAGAAACUUUGUGAAUCCCAUUGUGAAGAUUUAGCUCUAAAUUUGGUUACUGCUUUUAUGAACUGUAAUAAGUUAUCGAAGACUCAAAAUUUCAGCCUUAAUGCUACAGAGACUCAAAUGUGGUUCAUUUUUGAUAUUUAUAUUGCAUUGUUAUACAAAUUUCAAGAUAAACAUAAAAUUGUAGUUCUGUUGAAAGAACUGACUUUUGGUGAAGGACUUCAGCUGGUGAAUAGAUUUGCUAAAAAACGUGUCAAAAUAUCAAAAAUUUGGAAAAAUUGUCAUCGGGUUGCUAUAUUAGCGGUGCAAAUGUAUAUUUCCCAGGCCGUUGUUAAAUAUACCGAAGAAUUGAAAGAAUUCCUUGAAAGUUAUUUAGAAGUUUAUAUAUCUCUUUGUAAUUCAGAUGAGCUGUUACAAGACUUCUCGUCAUCUAUCCGCCGUAUUAGCAAUUUGGCAGAUGCUGCUGGGUUAUAUGUAUUCUGUGCAGUUAUUCAAAAAAGGGCUGGACAGAAGUUGAAACCUUUUGUAAUUGAAAUGUACAUACGAGCCUUAACGACUGAUAUGAAUGAAUUAGAGCGUCAAAAAGAUGCCAAUGAAGUAGAGAAAGUAGCUGCAAUUACCUCUAGAUUGGCGGCAGCGUUUUGUAAUCUAGCGAAUUUUUUAUCAGAACAUGUAAAAGUGGCGAGGGAAUGUGUGCUUACUGCUUUUAGUUUAGAACCAACAAAAGAGAGGCUCUCUAAUAUUGAACUGUUAGCAAAGAAAAGUGGAUUUCAAGUGUUAGAUACAGGUCAAGAAUGGAAAUGUAAAUUGCAUCCACCGGUUUUACCAUCAGAUGAAAUCACUUGGAUGUGCCCUGAAUGUGGAGAAUGGAUGUCAAAACCCGAAUUUAAUGUGCCUAUUAAGAUCAAUAUGGCCCUUAAUGAAGCACUCCAGAACUCAAUAUUAGGAAUUUCUGAAGCUUUGUGUGAUGAUCUGGUUGUAUGCUUGUCAAAUCCUAGAUACCAAAUACUGAGUUGGUUUAUGCCAUGGGAAGAGUUACACAGACUUUGUUUGAUGUAUUUACAAGAUCCACAAGCUACAAAAAACAUAGUUACUGAAUUGAAAUUUAUUGACAUAGAUUAUUCAAUAUUCAAAGGUAUCAAACAGGAACCUCUAGACGAAUUAGAUGGAAUUGAAAGAGGAUAUGAACAAUAUUUGGAUCAAGAUUUUGUUUCUGAUGAAGAGACAAGUUCAAAUAGCGAAGAUUCAAUGUCCCAAGAUUCAAGACCUUACAGUCUUGGAAGUGAUGGAGCAGGUGAAGGUCCGUAUUUGCCUAUGCUUCCAACUCAAACAAAGUCAGAUCCAAAUACUCUCAAAAGCCUACGAAUGUUUAGACCUAAUCUUAAAAGAACUCGGGAAAAAGAAACAUGCCUUGAGACACCUGAGAAGCGUUUCAAAGCAGAUUCCAAUAUUCCAAAUAUUACUCCUGAUGUUAUGAAGUCGGUUGAUUCUUUAAAAGUGGAAAAUACAUCAGCUAAUUUAAAUAAAAAUAACAUUGCACCUAAGUUUGCUGCUAUACAAUAUCCGAAACCAUUUCCCACGACGAUUGAUACUGCCAGUACUACCAAUAUGACUAAAACAUAUGAUUCUGAUUUUAGUUCAAAAAACGUAAAGACUGCCACGUUGCCUCUACUUGGUGGGCAAGUGGCGAAGAAGGAAAACACAUUAAUCCAAGUAAACAAUCAACAGCAAAAGAUUCUAUUUCCACUCUUAAAAAAUGCGUUAAUGAUAAAAAAGUGUCAACAAACAGAAAUACACAACAAGUACACGAUUGGUUCGAAAGAAAACAACAAAUGCAAAUUGACCGAUCACAAAGUUCAGGAUUUUCGUCUUCCUUCACCGGAUCUCAAAGUUCACAACAAUCCAACGAGUUCUACAAAAAACCACACAAUUCUGCUAUUACCAACAAUUCUGCUCUCAGAAUACAAACAGGUUCAUCCAGUUAUCAACAAGGACAAUUUCAAAGAUGUGAUGCAAGAACAAUUAGUUCGGGAACAUCAACAACCUCAACAAUCCAAGCCAAAUCUUCAUCAGUUUCAGAUUUCGAAUCAAACACAUUCCUCAUCCAAUCCAAAUCACAAAACAGAGCAACAGUCAGCUCUUCAAUCUCAAUUGCCUCUAGCAAUCAGUCAAAGUCAAGUACUAUUCAAAACCCAUCUAUCAAAGAAAUUGGCGUCCAACCACAACAAGGAACAAUCAGAAACAUUACAAGCCAAUCUUCCUCCUCACAUACAAACAUCUUCAUCGGAUCUCUUAACCAACCCAAGCAAUACUUUAACAAACAGUCAAGAGCCAGCCAGUUCCGCUCUGCCUCAAACCCAAACAAAGGAGAUAAAAUUGAAAAACAGUCUAACCAAUUUGAUUCCAUUACCAAACCUAAUAACCAGUAUGAAUCAGGAAUUUAUUCCAUUGAUAAAAAUAGACAAGUUGCAAACCAGUCUGGAACAAGAUGCAAAAAUGUUAUCCAACCAAGAUCAGAAACAAAUCAAAAACAAUUGUAUAAAUUCCCAAGUAGCCAACCCAGUGAAUCACAGCAACUUGCCGAACUCCUUUUAUCAAUGUCUCAAUCUAAAAGUAUCGAAACAGUACCAAAUUCAAAAGCAAGAGGUUUUAUCGAGUCCACAUCAGGACAAAUUCAACAACCAUUCAAUCCAGACACCACAUGUAAAGCAGAAGAGCAACAAAAACGAAACACCGGAAACGAAACAAUCAGAGAAAUUUUCCAAUCAAAAUCCCAUUGCUCUCCAAAAGGAACAGCUGCUAGAACAGUCCCCGCAACAAAUAAUACCACUCAAACAGGAGCAACCUACUCUCUUGAAUUUAUUAACGCACCACAAGCUCCAGUCAACAUUCUUGCUUAUCCCAAAUUCCGAUCCCUCAUCACCACUUCUCAAAUCAAACAGCAACAGUCUUCAGUCAUUACCACAUCUCCAGUCCAUCACUCCUCAGUUGAAGUCAGUUCCCAACUCAAACAAUUCAUUCAAGGGGCCAACAGUAGUCAAAUUAAACAGUCAAACUUUACAGGAACAAGUAACUUGCAACCCAAAAAAUCAAACUAUUCAAAUGUCAGCAGUUUCCACGUCAUUCAGCACCAAACAAACGUCAAAUCAAAUCAGAAUGUCUCACAAUACAAACAAAAUUUUGCAGCCGGCAACAGCUCCACAACAAAACCAAGUACCUCUGGUGUCAAUUUUGAAAUUCAACUCCCAGGCACCACAAUCACCCAAGUUAGACAGCGAAACGUGUCAGAUACCAAUAAUUUCCAAGUCAAACGGCCCGUUACGAGCACCCACACCUCUCAACACAAGCAACACUUCACAGUCACUCUGUACGAUACUAGUGACCAAAUUGGAAAAUCCUCAAGUCAAUUGCCCCUUGUCACCAGUCAGAAGUCAAAAACAGGAUCAAGUCAAAGAGAUUCAGGAGGAAACAACCAAUACCACGCCUCUUCAAAAUCUGUCUGCACAUCAAAACAACUCACAAAAUCAACAACCUCAGUCAACCCAAUUUACCAGCCAACAAGUUCAAAGCAGUAUACAAACACAACCAUUUCAACGGGAACAACAAUUAAUGACCAACAAAGAAAAAUUGCAACAAUUAACCCUCAACGAACAACAAAGGCACAACAGCAGCCCAUCAAUGAAUGUACAAAAUCAAAACAAGAACAAGGGCGAAAACAAUCAAGCCAAUCCAUCAACCAUCAAGAGCUUAUUGCGCAACAACUUCUACAAUUUGCUCAAAGUACCCAAUCAUUAUCCCAGUUCAGAGAAGUUGCUGAUUUCACAAGUCAAUCCACAGGUAACAAUUCACAAACCAGAAGAACUUACGGACCGAGUGGAUCUCAAAAAAAGUAUAGUUGUACCUCAACAUCACAAAGUAUCAACAAUGUACCCACCACAAAUUCCUAUCAAUAUGGAAACAAACUGUGUUCUUUUGGAGAAGGAACCAGUUUUGGUCAAUAUAGACCAUCAAACAGUCAAGAUGAAACAGGAAAUACAACAAAAGAGCAACAAGAAAAUUCGAUCUCACAAAAAAACAUCCCGAAUCGAGAAGAAAAGAAAUCGCAAGCAAGUUUGUCAGACGCCGAAGAAUUCUUGCAAUUCAUUGGAUACUAUACUAAACAAAAAUUGUAACAAUGAUAAGGCUGAUGAGUCAAAAACAUCAAAUGAUGAUUUGAAGUGCAAUAAAGACGCUAGUAUUUCUAGGGUUAAUGUGAUUUCGAUUAAUGAUAAUAGUAAUGAAGGAAAUAAUAAUUAUAACGCCAUUAAGAACCAAAAUUCCAGAACCACUGCUCAAUGUAACUCUAAUGCUAUAGAUGACUCUAUUACUGACAGCAGUAUUUUUUCAGAUAAUUUUGAAAGGCGUCCUGAAGAACUUUUAUGUCACACACGUAAUUGUUCUGCAUUAGAGAAAAAAGAAUUUCUCGAAAAUGAUGACCCUCACGAAAUUUUACCAAAGAUAAACUUGACUGAAAAUAUUAGAACAUACACAAAAAAGUCAAAAAGAAAAAUAUUAGUUGAAACUAAAGACUGUGUUAAAACACCACCCGGUGUUGAUGUAUUAGAAGAUUGUAAAAAUGUAUAUAAUGAAAAUAGUACUGAAAAUCUACAUUCCACUGUACAAAAUUCCCUGAUCGAUAGUAAAGAAUUGCAAAUUAUUCUAUGCCACCUACCUUCUAAUAAGAAAAUUGGAGGAAAGUGUGCAGGUAAUAAGGAAGAAUAUUCUAUUAUCAAACAAAAAUGUGAUAGAGGAAAGACUCCUCCAAAAAAUUCUAGAAAACGUAAAAGUUCUGACAAAUCUGAAAAUAAGGUUGGAAAAGCACCAAAUUUAGUACAAAGUCACAUUCUUUCGCCAUUACAAGACGUGAAUCUACGUGUUAAUUCUCAGAUAAAUACGAAGGUUUGUUGCGAUUUUAAUAAAGAGGAUAAAGCUCCAGAGAAAAGAUCAGCGCUAAAAUCUGUUUUAUCCAAUAUUCCAGGUCUUAAUGAUUUUCAAAUGAUAAGACCGUUGGGCGUUAAUCCAGUGGUAAAUGUUGUGCAAGUUUCGGGGGGAAGAUCAACUCAAAGUGUUUCAAUUCAGAAUUCUCAAACAAGUACACAAGUUACACCUCACAUUCAACGUAUUGGCCAACCGAGAGCUAAUGAUCAGAAACCUGAACAUUCCAAUUCGGUUACUUCUACAACCCAAACACCGACUACUACAAGUGCUACUUCAAGAACUACAACUUCCCAACCAUCUACGCUUAUCAACAUUCUUUCCCAGCAAAUAGUUAGACCAGUUUCAAAUCAGACGAAUACCGUUCGGCGUCAGGGACCUUUGAUUAACAUCUUGUCUCAACAGGUUAUCAGACCUCCUAAAACGGCAGUCAACAGUAUUACGCCUACCACAGAAGCGAUUCAGAUGCGGCUUACUGAGACGCAAAGGAUAGAAGUUUUAAUCAUGAUUGGCUAUGGGAAUAGAACCAGAACGCAACAGGAAGUAUGCGAGUUAUUUAACCAAAAAUAUCCCGAUCGGACUCCAAUUUCGCAAUCAACAUCUGGUAGACCAUCUGUCUCAGAAGAAACACAAUUGGAUGUUUUAUUAAGUGUCCAAGAACGGCCGCAUGUUACAACUAGAGAACUGGCCUUAGAAUUAAAUGUUAGUAAAACAGCAGUGAUCAAAAUAUUACAUAAAAGCAAAUACCACCCUUACAAAAUGCAAGUCCUUCAAGAAUUUUAUGAAGGCGAUUAUGACAGACGUCUCGAGUUCUGCGAAUGUUUACAAGUAAACACGCAAAACUACAGUUAUUGGUCGGACGUAAAUCCGCAUUGGAUGCGCGAAGGCCAUACUCAGUAUAGGGAAAAAAUUAACGUAUGGGCGGGUAUUGUAGGAAACAGUAUUGUUGGGCCCUUUUUCAUUGAAGAAAGUUUAACUGGUGAAAGGUAUUUGCAGCUUUUACAUAACGAUGUUCUACCAGCCCUAGCAACGUUAUAUCCGGGAGAGGAUUUACUUAAUGUAAACCUUUGGUUCCAACAGGAUGGCGCCCCGCCACAUUACCAUGCACAAGCGAAAGUUGCGGUUACAACGGAACCGACAAUAUUAAAUAGCACAAUAAAAUCCACAAACUCCGUUGUCAAGAAUACAAAUACUGUAACAACCGGACAAGGUGGUACAAUUCUCCAGUUUAUUUGCAAAUCAGCUUUACCGAAAUUUCAGCAAGCCUUCGGAAAAACUGUCUACCAAAAUAAUACAGAAACAGCAGAUUCGCCAACUACAACAGAAGUGUCGAAUAAUGGAAGUACUGAUAGUAAGAAAACUACAACAACAACAACCACAACAACAACAACAACAACAACAACUAAAACUGUUCCGGUGAAUGUUCAACCGAUCCAAGGUAGUGUUAUAUACAGCAGACAGGUACCCGUGGGCCAGACUAUAAGUCUAAUACCUCCUGGAGGAACUACUCGACAAGUUUUUCGAAUUGCUACUUCGAAUCCUGAACAAAUAAGUCUUGUUAAAGAUAGCGUUAUACAUAGCAAAAUGAGUGCGCUGUUAGCUGCUGCACUACAAGGGCGACCAAAAAAUGCCGAUGGAGAGAUCCAAGUUAACUGCGAAGAGGUCAAAGGUGCUGUUACUCGACCUACACUUGUACAAGGUGCUAGAAUUGUAAAGCCAGUUCAGUUACAAUUACCUUCUAACGUUGUUAGGGCCAGUCCUCAACCAAAUCUAAGUUCAACUACUCUAGAACAACUGAGAGAAUUUGAUAUGGUUUAUAAACAGAUAAAGGAGAGAAGUAACACUAGUACAUCUGAAACUAGUACCAAUUCGGGAGAUACUCCAGAAGCAACGCCACAGAGAAUAAGUGUAACGUACGUUAAUCAAUUGCAGAAAUACACUCAGUUAUCUCCAGUUGUUGUUGUUAGUUCAUAUAAUAAUUUACAACCUGCUGCAUCACCAGCAUUAAGCGUAACUUCCCAAGGUAGCUCAAGUCCUUGUGUGACGCCUGCUUCAACUCCGACUCUUCCAAAGAUUGCCACUAAAAACUCAAAAGGAAAAACUUUGAAAACGACGUCCAACAAUACUACUACUACCACUACAAAGUCUUCACCGCUCCCAAAACCGCAACAGAAACCACAAGAAGACGAACAUACUACUCAAAGGAUAUUUGAUAUACUGGCAGAAUAUGCAGAACAAUUGAGAAACUCUCCUGAUUUAAAUAACAAACCAGCACCGCGAAGAAGAUCUAAUCCACCAACGAAUCCUAGUCAAAACGCCAAAAGGAAAAAGAACUCAUCUGGUGUUAAAAAAACAGGACAGUCGAGCAGUACCCUAGAAAUGGAUACUGAUGAUUUAACAAUUGGCAGCGAAGACAGUUCAGGAGGAGGUAUUGUUCAGUUAUCAGUAACAGAUGAUGAACAAUCUCAAGCUUCAGCGUCAGUUACAACCACUGAAUCCACCGACAAUGCAAGUCCAUCCAGUACUAGACCCGUUAUAUUUGCAGAAGGUGGUACCUGUUCUAACCAAUCUCGAAAUCUCAUUAUUGCCGAUUCCAGUGUUGGUGAAGCUUUGAAAAUGCCAAAUACAGCUGUGAUCGUACCCGGUAGCUAUAUUAUGCCAGUUUCUAUGAUGAAAGGUGGUCAACAAAUAGCGGUCGUAUCAGGUGGAAGUAAGAUUCUAGCAACAGUACCGGCAAGAUCAGGCCAGAACAUGCUGUUAUUCCAGAGUUUUACAAACCAAAAUAGGAAAGGAGCUAUUUCUGCAGUGAAAUAUUCAACAAUUCAACCCAUUUCCUCACAAACUUUAACUGGCGUUAACCAACAACCUGUAAUUCUACCGUCAAAUUCUGUUGCUACCGCUGUAGCACUUGGUCAGCCUCUAACUCUCAAAAAAAUAGGAGACGACAGAGAAAGUAAUGAAUUACUUUUAACAAUUUCCCAUCCAAAGGAAGAACCCAAAGAUAAUAGCGAUAUUACACAACCUGAUAGUAGCACAAGUAUUUCUAGUGAUAGUGUUGAUAUUAAAAUAGAAGAGUCUCCGCAAUCUGAUAAUUCAAAUGAAAAAAUAUAUCAAACGUAUCAAAAAACCGUCAUCAACUCUGUAGAAACUUCGGUUAUUGCUACUACUUCAUCCACCAUCAAACAAGAAGGAACUACUCCAGAACAAACUAUCAUCAAUGUAACAUCUGCAACUAACUUGAAAGAAGCAAAACGUUGCGAGAGGAUGCAAUCCGUAUUGGUAACUGCAUGCUCUUCAAAUGGUCCGAUGCUUUCACAUACAACCCCCAGAUACCGUAAAUCUUCAGAUACUACAAGGUCGCAUACUUCAGAGCUGCCAGUUAAUAAAGAAGAUUUUCUGCAUAACGGGGAAAAGCCUAUUAGUGACCAAAAGAAUUUUCGGGGUACCACCACGUAUUACGUGAAUAAAACCAAAAAAGUCGUGUCGGAAUCGCAGAAAAUGGAUAGCGAUAUGCAGAAACAAGCGGCAAUAGAAAGAGAGUUGAGACUUCAAAAAUCUCUUUCUGAAGAAUGCGAGGAUUUGGGAGUGGACGAACCUAGCGCAAGUGACCUGUUUCCCGAGGCUGAUCUUUUAUUCGAUUCAAACCAUUCCCCAUCGUUUGAUCAAACUUCUCAAGACAUAAUUAAAAGGGAAGCACCAGAUGUUAAAGAAGAAGUAAAAGAAACGAUGAAUUUGUUUAGUGACGACGACAAUUCAAGUUCUCUUCGUGCAGAUUUGUUUGAAUACGUUGAAUAUCAACCCGUUGAAACCGCUUUGGAAUACCAAUCGAGACAAAUGAACGGCAACACCACAGAAACAACUUCCUGCGAGGAUAACACUCUCCUACCGAAAUGCGCCACAAUGUCUGAAGUGACUCUUAAUUCGCCCAUAUCACCCGAAAUGUAUCAAGAAGCUAACAUGCAUAAAUACAAGUUCAAAUAUAGCAAUAGAAAAAAAGGCGAAAGGAUCAAAUCUAAUGAAUAUGUUGGAGAACUUGUAUCGAGCUCAGAAGAUACUAUAGUUUGUACUGAGCUGACUAAGGGUAAUUGCGAAGAAGAGAACUACAAAGUGUUGCACAUAAAUAAAACUGACCAUGCCAAAGAAGAUGAAAAAUGUGAAUUGCAUUGCGAUGAAGAUGUAGAUUCUCCUAGCGGCAGAGGUGCCAGGAGAAGUGUUAGAAAACUAUGUUCUUGUUGUAACGGUUCGCAGGAUAGUAACUUGGCAAAAAAGAGACCGCAUACUUCAAGACCACACACACCAGCAACACCGCACAAAAAAGCCUUUUUGAACAAGAAAAGAUAGUGCACCUGUACAUUUUAGCAAGUUUUAACUAGUUGUUGGUUGUUUUGUUAAUGAGUUGGGUCGCUAGUCACAUUUUAGUACAAAUAAUUUAUUGUAUUGACGGCUGGUGUAUUAGUGUCUGAGAAACUCUGAUUACUUGUAUAGUAAUUGCUACGUUUGCAAUCUUUUAAUACCUCUAAUUGUAAAUUUUCCUCGUAUAUGUAAUAUAUUUAAAUUAUAUGUGCAGUUUGUCGUUGUAUAUAAUUAAUUUAAUAGAUAAUUUAUCACAUAGGCGGACCUUGUCCGUUUAAUAAGCAUAUAAUAUUGCUCUACAUUUAAA